GCAAACGCUACAACGCACUUGAGAUCGUCGGACAGACGGAGGGGUCGCUCGCUCUCUCGAUCGCUGCAGGACAAAUAAAAAAAACAGUGGACACAGGAGGAGAGACUGUCUCCGGAGACGGACACCGCCGCCGCGAAAACACACCAGGGGGGAGGAGACACUCUUUACUUUAACGGUGAUUCUUCAACCCAGAGAUGAAUUUUGAACAGCCCCCUCCAUACCCGGGCAGCGGCCCCACGGCACCAGGCUACCCAGCCCAAGGCCCUCCUCCGCAGGGCUAUCCACCUCAGGGCUACCCCCCACAGGGAUACCCUGUGAACAUGGAGCAGCCUAAUCCAGCAUACCCCAACUACCCCGCUGGACAAAUGGGCCCCGGAGGUCCUUACCAAGGCCAGCCUCCCUAUCAAGGAUACCCUGGACAACCACAGUUCGGCUGGCAGGGGGGACCCCCUCCCGGGCCUAUGUAUGGGGAAGCUCCCAAAAACACAGUGUAUGUGGUGGAGGACAGGAGAAGAGACGACACAGGGGACACAUGCCUGACAGCCUGCUGGACAGCUCUGUGCUGCUGCUGUCUCUGGGACAUGCUGACAUAACGCUACACACCAACUGCUCAUUUCCCACCUCCACACUCACACCCCCCCAUUUCUGUGCCUUGAAGUCCCCAUCACCCUCUUUCCCGUCUGCCUUUGCUCGUCUAUAAAUAAAAAAGCCUUGAUCCUGAACGGAAGUCCCGUCCCCGCGGCCACCCUCUGUACCUUAAUGUGAAACCCUCAGCACUGAUUGAAUGACUGACCCUACCUGGGGGCUACUCCGUAGCAGCUUGUAACUGAGCUUCAAAACAUAACCUGAACCUCAGGCGCUUCACUUUAAAGGCGCAUGCACACACACAGACACACAAACGGUAGAUGCACAGAAAAACAUAUAUACAUACGUACAGUAUACUUGGACCUCAGGCUCAUCUAUUGGGAUGCUCUUUGGCACUUUAUGAUGAUUACCUCUGUAAGAUAUGACUCCUGCCUGCCCUUUCAACCGCCCUGCCUAACCUCCCCCUUCAGCUAUGCUACUUGCCCUGCCAAAAGACUACCCCUUAUCCUGGAACCCCCCCCCCCCCAUGCCCCAAAGGCCCCCAAGACCCCGGCUGUUAAUGAGCCACAGGGUGCUCUUAAGAAGCUCAUGCUUGAAACGUAUCCCUUUCAUUUGCACACAAGCUCUUUCUGCCGACGUAUGUCUUCAAGUGGAAUCAUAUGACAGUAAAUGAAAAAAACAUUUUUAAAGAUGACAGUGAUUUAUGUGUGAUUACUGUUCACAUCCAAUGCUCACAAUGGGUCUUUUUUUUUUCAUGGUGAUAUUGAUAUGAAAAAUUAUUCCAACAUUAUUUUUAUUACAUACCUUGGCGAUAAAACAGAAAAUACAGAGGAGAAAAUAAAAUUGUGAUUGCUUAGCAGAAGAAACCAAAUGACUUGUUAAAUGCCUUUUUUUGCUUUAAAUCUUGCAUUAAAACUACUUCCCAUGAAAUAGAA